GGAGGAAAAGACAAUAAAAAUACACAUUUCUAAUUAACUAAAAAUUGUCAUAAUUUGACACUCCCAAUUAGCUGAAAAUUGUCAUCACUUAUGACAUCACCUGAAGAGCCACAAUAAAAUCCUAAUUUGCCUUGUGUUAAGUAAGCACAAACAAGAUUGUAUAUUCUAAGAUACAAAGCUAGUUUGUACCAUGAAACUUCCUGCAAUUUUCAAACCUGGGUGGAAGUGGGUGCAUUUUCUUGUCCAUCUUUUGUUUGUAUAUUUGUGUACCACUUCUCAGCAAACUAGAAGCAAGUAAUGGCAUCUCAAAACCAUAGGAUAGUGUCAAAUACAGGAACAAUGUAAUUCCUCUUUGUGUGUGCUGUUUCUGCAAUAUUCAGAGUAGAUGGGAUUUUCUUUAUUUUUUCUCUUGAAAACCUAAUUUUUGUUUGUUGUUUUGGUCACGUUUCUUAAAAUAGAUCCAUAUUUAGUGAAUCAUGAGAGAAAAUUAAUGCUAAAUAUGUAGCCUUCUAGCUAGAACUUCUUGUGCUGAAUUAUGAUUCCUCAGUUGUCACGCACUGUUAACACACUUUCAUUCUUUAACAUUGCUCUUUGUUCUAUGGGAAAUGCUACAAGAAAGUAGGAAUUUCCUCUCACCAUUACCCCUCUGGCAGUGUGUUUCAAUCUAAUUCCUGGCUUGCUGUCUGUCCUGCUUACUACCUCUUCUCCUUACUAGCAGUCUAAAUUCUGCUUCAUCUACUAAGAGGGGGAUUCCAGACAGACGAGGAAACAGCCUUCAAACGCUGCCCUGCAGGCAUAUUAAGUUAUUCCCCCACUGUGCUGUCUGGAAAUCAGGGAGCACCUCUCUGGCAAUGAAUUCUAAUGAGCUGCUAAAGAUGCCGGAGUGUGUGCGCACACAGGCGUUUUCUUUCCCCUCCCCCGCCUCUUCCUUUUCCCAAGCCCCUCUUCUCCCUAUUUCCCCUCCUACUCCUUUAUCCCCUCCCUCUGUGUCUCAUUUCUGCAGUAAACGGGGCUGAGGCACAUUCCUGCUUUGCAAGGCUUUCUGUUAAGGUGUUCUGUGGCUUUUGUUUGGAUCGCAGCAUGCUGAAUUACAGGUAAUACUCUGAAAUUGAGCUAGACAGAUCAAUGCUGUUGAAAUUUUUCUAAGAGGCAAAAUAUUACAUUGGAAUCAAUGAAGAAAAUAAGUUAUCUUGGCUAAUUUUAUUCAUGGUAAUUAAAUUCUAUAAGCAGAUUCCUCUUCUCCCCCGAAAAGCUUAAAUGAAAGGAAAUGGGGUUAGAUUGAUCUGACUUGCGAUUGAUUUUGUUUUAUGUUGAUCAUGAAAGCUUGCUGUUGCUGCGCCUCCCCUGUAGAGUAAGGACCAAUUAUGUGGGGUGCUACUGAGGGUAGCCGUGAAUAGUUGUACUGGGUGGGGUGGGAUAGAGUGGGAGGGGUGAUACCAGCUCGAGCUAGCCAGGUUCUUGAUUAGGGCAUUGGAUGCAAAAUGUAAAACGCUCUUUCCUUUUCUUCUAUCAGCUGUUCAGAGGAGACUCAUUACAACUCCUGCUGAAGUCCUAAUCUUCCUCCCUUCCCUUCUGCCCCUACCCCGUACCCUCAUUGGCCUGAAGACAUUGUACAGAGUUUGCCUUACUCCCCUGGUGCUAUGUGUAUGGUAAACCUGGUACUAUGGCCGCAUCUCGGACUGGCCAGACAACUGCUGCUGGUUCUCCCUAUUCCAAGAAGGAUUUAAAGGGGAAUUGCACUGCAGGCAAUGCAUCAGAGCAGCAGCAUCGGGAGCUUGGGGACUAAGGCUCCUCGGGCAUUAUUACAGACACACAGAGCUGACCGCAAUGACAGCAGCUGCUCCUUUGAACUGUUGGCAGCAGCCAAGCGGCAGCAUGAAGUGAGAGAUCACUCCUGAGCUCAAGAUGAACUCUACCUUGGAUGGUAAUCAGAGCAGCCACCCUUUUUGCCUCUUGGCAUUUGGCUAUUUGGAAACUGUCAAUUUUUGCCUUUUGGAAGUAUUAAUUAUUGUCUUUCUAACUGUGUUGAUUAUUUCUGGCAACAUUAUUGUGAUUUUUGUAUUUCAUUGUGCACCUUUGUUGAACCACCAUACUACAAGUUAUUUUAUCCAGACUAUGGCAUAUGCUGACCUCUUGGUUGGGGUAAGCUGCCUGGUCCCUUCUUUAUCACUCCUCCACUACCCGCUUCCAGUAGAGGAGUCCUUGACUUGCCAGGUAUUUGGUUUUGUAGUAUCAGUUCUGAAGAGUGUCUCCAUGGCCUCUCUGGCCUGUAUCAGCAUCGAUAGAUAUAUUGCCAUCACUAAGCCUCUAACCUAUAAUACCCUGGUUACGCCCUGGAGACUGCGUCUGUGUAUUUUCCUGAUUUGGCUAUACUCCACCCUGGUCUUCCUGCCUUCCUUUUUCCACUGGGGCAAACCUGGAUAUCAUGGAGAUGUGUUUCAGUGGUGUGCGGAGUCCUGGCACACCGACCCCUACUUCACCCUGUUCAUCGUGAUGAUGUUAUAUGCCCCAGCAGCCCUCAUUGUGUGCUUCACCUAUUUCAACAUCUUCCGCAUCUGCCAACAGCACACAAAGGAAAUCAGCGAAAGGCAAGCCCGCUUCAGCAGCCAGAGUGGGGAGACUGGGGAGGUGCAGGCCUGUCCUGAUAAGCGCUAUGCCAUGGUCCUGUUCCGAAUUACUAGUGUAUUUUACAUCCUCUGGUUGCCAUACAUCAUCUACUUCUUACUGGAGAGCUCCACUGGCCACAGCAACCGCUUCGCAUCCUUCUUGACCACCUGGCUUGCUAUUAGUAAUAGUUUCUGCAACUGUGUCAUUUAUAGUCUUUCCAACAGUGUCUUCCAAAGGGGACUAAAGCGCCUCUCAGGGGCCAUGUGUACUUCUUGUGCGAGUCAGAUGAUAGCUAAGGACCCUUACACAGUUAGGAGCAAAGGCCCCCUUAAUGGAUUUCAUGUCUGAAGUGGUUCAGAUAUUGGGUCACUGUGUUGUGUGUGUGUGUGUGUGUGUGUGUGUGUGUGUGUGUGUGUGUGUUUCCUUUUUAUCUUUUUGUAUUUCUAGUUCACUGGGAAAUAUGGGACAAAAUAGUUUGACUCUAAGCAAUAGUUAACAAAUGAUCCAUCCAAAAUACCUUUUAAGUUUGCAGAAAUGAUUUUUUUUAAUGCUUUCGAAUGAGAAGAAUCAGGACCAUGAAGAUAAAUUGCUCUUCGUUCCUAUUUCCAUAAUGUCAUGGAAAUGACUGUAUUUAAUUCUCAGACUUAAAAUGAAUAAAGCCAUAUCUAACACCUCUCUCCAGCUGGCAUGACUGAACCUGGGUGUGAAAAGCGUCAGCAUUUUUAAAAGUCAUCAUUUUCUUGUUGCUUUUCUGGGUUCUUUCCAGCUGUUUGAGCUUCAUGUACAAUUGAUUUCUUUUAACAGGAAAUAUUAAAAUACAGUGAUGAAUUAACAGGGUUUUAAAAUUUUCUUUACCUCUGUCAAAGUGUAACUACCCUGCAGGUUUCCACACUGUCAUUCAGAAAGUCAAAUGUUUUAUGUCUUAUUCUCUUGAGAGAAUUCUCAAUACAGUGAAUAAUGUGAAAACUUAAACAUUAAUUUAAAAUUUGGGGGGACUUCCCUGGCGGUUCAGUGGUUAAGACUUUGCCUUCCAAUGCAGGGGGUGUGGGUUCAGUCCCUGGUUGAGGAGCUAAUAUCCCACAUGUCUCAUUGCCAAGAAACCAAAAAACAUAAAAGAGAAGCAAUAUUGUAACAAAUUCAGUAAAGACUUAAAAAAAAAAAUGGUCCACAUCAAAAAAAAAAUCUUAAAAAAUAAAUUUAAAAAAAUAAUAAAAUUUUUGCAUUGAACCAUGAAGCAAAAGUGCAGUCAAAUCAUAUAAUUUAUAGAAAAACUAAGCUGUAUUUUAUGCCAUGCUUCACUGAGACCUAAACAAAUAUGUAUACUGAAAGUGAUUGUGUUGUAGUAUUUUUGCCCAAGCCUUUGUGUAUGUGUGUAUUGAGAAUAUUUGAAUUGAGUUAGAUUUCUCUUUUACAGCAAAAUGCAUUUAAAUAAGCUGAAAAAUAAUUAAAUGAUAGGCUGAUGGCUGCCAUUUUUAUAAUGGUGAAAAUACAUUGAAAAGUGUCUUUAGUCUUCUCUGCUCUUUUUAGCUAGAGACUUUCUGAAAUACUAGAAUAUCAGGAAGAAAGGUCCUAGGCAACUGAGUCAGAAAAUACAAUGUACAUUUAGCUAGUUCAUUUUUAAAAUAGGAGGGGUUGAUUGAGAUGGUCUCUUUGUGGUUAAAUGGUAUCAUCUAAUAAAGUAGUAACUAAUUCUUUUUAAAAGCGUUCUUUCAGUUAGUGUUAAGGAAUCCAUAUUUGAAUGAGAGAAGGAGAAAUUCUGAUUCUCUAUUGCUAUUCUCUUUCUGGAAAAAAAAAUCCUUGGAAUACUGUUCCUUUCCUAAAUAGGCUUUUUUUUUUUUUUUUAAGCCAAAGUACUAGCAAAAUCUGUAGAAUUAUUAAUUGAGAGUGCUGUGUAUCUGUAUGUAGAGUGAUGUUUUGUUCCUAAAAGUAAUUAUGUUUAGAGCGAGAGGUUUAUUUUUCUAAAAGGAGAGAAGGAUUUCCCAGCAGCUCCAAGCAUGAAAGUAUUUCCUCUGCUCUUCUACUGGUUUUAAUGUUUUAGAAGUCUUCAGGGAACUUGUAUGUGAUCUCUGCCUUUGGCUAGAUGUUGUAAUCUGAAUGUGACAGUGGUGUUCAGUGAGAUUGAAGAUAGAAGAAAACCAAGGGAAAUGUGGAUUUUUGAGUCCAGGGAAGGACAUAGAUAUUUAUAAAACAGGCAGAUAUGCUUUGGUUUUCCAUCAUCAUAUUAGAAAACCUCCUACCCCCUUUUAAAAUAAAAGAUGGCAUUCUUAUGAUUUUAGGUUUUAGAGAUUGAUUGGAUUUUAACCUCAAAUGUAUUCUACUUAAACAUUUUUAUUUUAAGAGAACAAGUAUGAAUAUAAGCAUUUAAACUUCAGAUUCUGAGUUCUUCCCAAAAGCUUGCUUGCUCUUUAUAUUUAGUAUUAGAAAAUUUGAUUCUAAGUUGUUUCAAAAUUUAGAACUCAUAUUGGAAUUGCACGUUAUGUUAGCAGUGGCUUUGUUAAGUUGCCAUUUGAAGUAGAAAACCUUUUCUGUUAGAUUCUGAAAAAAAGCUGUAUACAAUUCCCCUUUAUUUAAGUGGCACAGAUCUAAGAAGACAAAAUUCCCUUUUUUUCAUAUGUAUCAGAGAAUGUAACCUGUCCAGAUUUGCACAGUUUGCUUGUCAAUUUUUAGUUCAGAUAUGGGACUCAUGAAGAUUAAUUUUUAUGGAAAACUGAUGUUAAAUCAGUAGAUUUUUUGUGUGUGUGGGGGUACUGAGCCCUUUUAAUUUUUUCUUGCAGUAGGGUUCCAUUUUAGAGAAAACAAAAGUUUUUGGAAAAGAUUUUGUGGGAAUGUUACGGAAAUGAGGAAAUCUCUGUUUAAUUUUCUGGAAAUGGCUAAUCAAGCUGAGCUUUCAAUGACUGGAAGGCAACAACUCUUUUAAUAAGAGCUUUUGUUAGUAGAUUUUUAUAUUUUUGCCCUAGUACCAAAUUUAGAUGCCAGAGGGUUUUUUUAUUGGUUUUUUUUUUCACGUUAGAACCUCUCAGCCUAAAACUAAAGUAGGAACUAAGUAGAUAUAGUAACUUUAAAGAAAAAUAAAGCAUUCCUCCCCAGCUGAUACUUAAUAUCAGAUGUCUUUCCAGUUUAUCUUGUAGUCAUUGGACUUUAUAAACUCUAACGUUUCUUCCAGGUAUCAAUUCUAUUCUCAUAUUUCAUUGUCUGUACUGCUUUAAAAUUUUUGUUUUCUUGUGGUGUGUGUAUCCUGGGGAGAAGGGUUGUGUUUGAAUGCAAUCAUACAAUCUUCUGUGGCUGGGGGCAGUUUCUGUGUGGUGCAUUUGGAGAGUUUGUAUUUAAGUAACCUUUUCAUCCUUGCAUAUUUAGUGCAACAUUUAAUGACGUUUUAUUUAAAUACCAAUCUGACUAGUUCAGAAUGAGAAAAAGUAUAUUUUUAGAGUCAGUUACCUUAGGCUUUGACAAGACAGCCCAUUUAACUUUAUAUAGUAUAUGGCUGAUAUCAGAGGAAGCAUAAGCUUUUGGUGACUGUGUUGAAAUUAUUUCACAGUAAAUUUUAAAAUAAGACUAUAGUAAUUGUUAUAUUUGUAAUUAGUUGUGUUUUUAUACAAUGAUUUCAGUGAAGGUGUGUUUUUUUCCUCUUAGAGCGGAAAAGCAAUUACAAAAGGACAAGUGCUCCACUUUAAUGAAAGAAUUAUCUUUCACCAGAAUGGAUAUUUGAAUUUUUCAUGGACCUGUUGGCUUUAACCCUAAAUUCCAUUUUGGAAAGAGUUUUAUUUAAGGUUUAUUGCUGGAUAAAUAUGUUUUUUGAGCCUUUUAUAGUGGCUUUUCCUUUUUACUUGAAUAAUGGUCUCAGUAUUUUAAGGAUUGGGAAAACUUGAAUUUUUGUACUAUUAAAUGCAUUUACUGUUCACCUCUUUGAACUUGAAAAUGAAGCAACAGGGUUACAAGUUCCCAGAUGGUAGAGUGAUUUCUGGGAGUUUCCUCAGCUUUGCAGGUUUGAUUAAAACAUCUGCCUUUGAUGGCUUUGUAGGAAUUUUACUGACUGUGUUUUUGAAUCAUAAAAGAUUUGUGAAAUAAAUUAUUGGCAAACCAGAAUUUCUUGCUAUAUGAGGAAAUUUGGGGAAGUUUAAGGAUGGGGGAGAAUCAUGGAACUAUAAACUUUUUUUAAAGUCUUCAUAAGUCAUUAUUUGUGUUGAUUUUUGCAUAAUUUUUCCAUUUCAGGUUACUAAAUAUUUUAUAUUAAAUGUACAUAUUAUUAACGUAUUUUGCAGACCCAAGGAAUAUUCUAGACAUUUCUUAUGGCUGUAAAUGAGUCACUUGGCUUUUCUUCAAAAUUUGGAUGAUAACGGAAUCAUGAUAUGUAAAAUGAACUUUGAACUGCGAAUCUAGGUUUCUGUUACUAAUUAACUCGUUUUGUAAGGGCUGGUCGCUUCUCUAAGCACUUAAUUUCUUCUAUUUAUAAUAAUCCUUUCAUCCUUCACAGGGUUACUUUGAGGAUUGAAUUAGAUAACGGAUGUAAGAGAACUUUGUAAUAUGUAAAGUGCUUUGAAAAUAAAAAUGAUUACUGUUAUUUGUAUCUGCCAUAGCUUUACAUCUAAGGAAGCUGCAUAUAAUGUGGCGCUCCCCCCCAUAAGAUCUUUGAAGGUCAAUGCUAGGUGACUAUUCCAUGCUACUUAGCAAUCCCAAAAUAACAGUAACUUUAAAUUCAACAUAAAAUUGUUACAUUUACUCUCUUUACUUGUUUCCAAAGUCUCUAAAGGCAGGGACAAUGUCUCUUCAUACCUUUAACCCCCAAAUCUAACAUAGGACCUGGCUUAGAGCAGAAGUUUUAGUAAGUUUUACGGAGUUAAUGAAUGAGCCUUUCUAAUUAUUACUUCUAGUCACUAUUAUUACUUCUAGUCAUUAUAGAGCAGUGAUGUUCAAAGGGUAGUCCAAAGCCCAUAAGCAGUUUUUCAUUUGAUCAAAGCCAUUCUAGACUGUAUAUAAUAAAUAUCUCUUUUUAGUACCAAGAGACUACUGUGGGAAUGUGUGUGCUUUAUAUGCUAGGUAACUUUACUCCUGGAAACUGUAGCCUUGGCCCAGGGAACUUCAGGCAGUGCUGUCAAACUGCCAAUUUCUCACAGCAUGGGUAAGAUCUUGGCUCUAGAUGCAGAUAAGAUAGGCUGUAAAAAUCAGUCACUAUGAAAGAGGAGCAAUAGAAUAGGAUAGCUUGGUGAAAGAAAUGGCUCUAAUUCUUUGGUUUUGCUUUUUCUUUCAGUCUUUACCACUUUUCUAGCUCUAUCUUCCCUUUCUUUCUUUUCUUAACACACUGUUGGUCAUGUAUUCAGAGUGAAGUGCUUAUCAUACUGCUAUAGGGUAUGGAAAAUUGUAUUAUGCAAUAACUGGCUUUUUGGAAAAGUUUAAGAAGCAAUCAGGAAGCGCUUAUGUAGCAAGCUCUACUAGAUGCCAGGUAGUAUAGCUAGCUGGCCUCAGAGAUUUAAAGAAGGAUCACAUGAUUCCUUUCUUAUGGAACUUUAUAGUUUUCAGAUGUUUCAUAUGGAAAAAUUCUGUGAUCUGUCUUUCAAAAAGCUUCACAGAGUGACUUUAUCAGGAGGAAUUUACCAAGGCCUACUGGUGGGACAGUUGGCACACCAUGGGUCUGUUUCUUGGGUGGGUUCAUUAUGCCAGUAUAUAAAAUCAUAAUGUCACUUCAUUAGUUUAAAAUAAGAAAUCAUUGCUGGCAAUAGGGAGCAGUCUUUCUCUAUUGGUAGAUCUUCAUGGGAAGCCAAACCAUAUUCAGAAUGUUGCUUAGUGAGGAUGGAAUCUCAGAAUAUGGUUCUGUAAUGUGAAAAUUUACUGGUAUAAGACUGAGCCUGAUGUUCCAUCUCUGAAAUCAGAAAACCUGGUCAUUGGGAUCCUAAUAAAAGUUGAAAUCAUCUGUGCUUCCAGUACUGACCAACCUACCUUCUAAUUGACAUAUUAUUUCUUUAAAUUAACUUCUUUUGUUACUUUUAGUAAAAUUCCUUGCGAGUUUUAACAGUCUUACAAGCUUGCUAACUCAUUCUCUCUCUUUUUGGUGGUUUUAUAUAUCACUUUUACCAUGAAACAUUGUUUUCUGAUGUAGUAUUCAAAGGGUGGCCUUACUACUUUGUUAGUUUGGGGAAGCAACUCAUCUUGGUUUUCAUGGAGUGAAUAUAUACUGUGUAGUUGGAAAAGCAAGAUAUAUGAAAAUACCUAUAAAAAUUAACAGUAUCAGUCAGGUAAUUAGAAUAGAGACAUUAAAUUUUUGAAAGUCAGAUCAUCCACAAAGGAGAUAGGGAGGGACAUUUGAGCUGUAGAAGACCUUAGAGAUCAUUUGGUCUGAUUCUCUCUUUUUAUAGUCAGGAAACCAGUCCAGUGGCCACACAGCCAUUUAUGAUAAUACCCAGACUUCCUACUUCCUAAUCUAUCAUCCAUUCCUAUUAUAUCUUGUUGCUUUUGCAGAGGAGUGGGAGUUUGCCUUCACUCAGCCAAGUCCUGAAUAAGACUUAAAUAGGCUGAUAUGAGGUGUUUGUUCUUGUGUGUGUAAUUUUAGGUGUAGAAAGCAUUAUGGGCAAUGAUAUAAAUGUUAACUGAGGCAUGUUAUGUUUCAGAAGAAUUUUAUAAACUUUGUCCUGUUUAAUCCUUCUGAUGCUCUGUGAGCUAGUGACUAUUAUUAACCUCAUUAAAAAGAUGAGAAAACUGAGAUUGAGUUGCCAGAGACAAACAGUUAAUAAGUGGAAGAUCUGGGAUUCAAACCCAGGUCUUUCUGACUUCAGAGCCUACAUUCUUACCUCACGUAAUUCUCACGGAAACCUAUCAGGCAGUUUUUAAAUUUUUUUUAUAACUCUGUUUUACAGGUGAGGAAACUUAGGCUUAGAGAGAUUAAGAAACUUUUGUCAAUAUAUCAACUAACUCCCAUACUUGGAAAAUAUGUGACAGACUUCCUACUAAAUAUAGCAGAUUUAGUAUGCAUAUUUAUUUCUGUUAACUCCACUAUAAAGAAUGACAAAAGUAUAAUACAUAUGGACAAAGAGAAGAGCAGAGCUGAUGGCAGAUGAAUGAAGCUGACAAAAUUUGGGGUUAUGGAAACCCAGUGGACAAGUGGUAACUGACUCAGCAGAAUUGACAAAGCUGAAUUUGGGGGAGGGGCAGAGAGGAUCUGCCAGUAAACCCAGUAAAUAUGUGGGAAUUAGACUUCUGAUAUGCCUCUCAGACAGAGAGUAGUAUGAAGCUGAAAACUGAAGAAUUGUUAGAAAGUUUAUUGAAGGCACGUUUAGAUACCGUCACUCAUCCCCCCACCCCCACACUCCUCCACUGUACACCACCUUGAUCCCCAUCCCAAGUUGGCCCUAGCAGACCACUGGUUUUUCACCAUCCCAGUAGAAGAUGGGAGACUUACUCUUUGGAGUUUGAACCACAGGCGUUCUGGAUGCCAGGCAUAGCUGAGAAUGGGACUGAGACACCUUGUUGAAAACAAGAGUAUCAAGAGAAAGUCUGCUUAUUAAAUAAUCAGUUUCCCUUUCCCACUACACUCCCAGAAUGCUCUUAGCCUUAAACCUUCUAAGCAGGAGAUAAGAGGAGUCUAGUUUGGGGGCCAGUAUCUAAGGGCUCUCAGUUCCGACAGUCCCUGCCCAGUCACGUUAAGUUGAUGCCCAUCAGUCAGCGAAUCCUACCCAUGCAUAUAGAGCUUCCAAUUAGUUUUUUGUUCCUUAUCUUUUAAUAUCAACAGUUAACCAGAGAAAGUCUUAUGAAUAGACUUGAGAAAAUGUAUUAUGAAUGCACAGAGCCCAAAACAAAUCAGAGGGAACAGAAACAAGUCAUAGAAGAAAACUUCAAAAAAAAAACCCCAGUAUUUGUAACUAAUAUUUUCAGAGAAGAUUUUGCAUCCAUUAAGGAAAAAAGGAUGC